AUGACCGAAGUUUGCAACUCUCACAUCGAUUCGCCGCAGCCCAGGGGCGACAAUGCUGAACCCAGCACUGCCCAAACAGUGCUUCCCGGGGACGAGUUUACAAUCCAGUCAAAGACGAAGACCACGAAGCCUGCAUCUACGGUGUCGGAGACGCUGAGUUUUGACAACCUGGAGCUUCGUUGCCCCAUCAUUGCGGACGACAUAUGCAACCGCUGGCUGAAUUCUUAUGUGCCGGUGCCGGGACAGCAGAUCAAACAAUACCCGGCUGCUGUCACAGCCUAUAUCUACAAGAUCCUCAGAUCCUAUGCCACGGCUGCUGUACGUGGCCGUGGAGUGCCACCCUUCAUUCAUCACUCACAAAUCAUGACAUCGUUGGUGAACCCACCACUCGCCACCUGUCUGACCUUGGUCCGCAUGUGUGAAAAGCUAUUACCUGGCAGUGAGAGUGUGGCCGCAGACGUGCUGCGAAGAGAGAUGACGAGCAUCUACCAGCAGCGCGCAGCAUAUGACAAUAUGACUCUCCUUGCGGCAUAUCAAUCAUAUCUGAUCUACUCCAUGAUUUUCCUCUUCAUACUCCGACAGAAUACAAAUUCGUUCCUUCGACAGGCGCUUAUUGAGCUUCAAGAUCUAGCAGGCCUGAGCAGUCAGCAUGGAAUAGUCUGUAUCGCGGAGCAGGAACGUGCCCGUCCAAGGUGGGAAGCCUGGAUCGUUGCUGAAGCGAAGCGUCGGACGCUGUUUACAAUGUAUCUAUUCGAUAGCUUGCUUUGCGCUCAGGACAAUCUUCCGACUUUCCUCGGCACCGAGCUUCGCGGUCUUCCUGCUCCGGCAAACAAGCGCUUAUGGAGGGCACAAACACGAUCCGAGUGGGAAACUGCAUACAAUGUUCACCUGGCGGACUGGGUGCGUGGUGGUUUCAAUAUUGACGAGCUCUGGCCGAAUCCUGCACCCCUCGACAAUACUGCCCUUCUUGAGAAAAGCGAUCGAGUGGGACAGUGGCUUGAGAAUAUUGACGAGUUUGGAACAAUGCUCUAUGCAGUUACGAGCUGUACGCAUGGCGGCUGA